AUGGCCAGCGAAUUCCCCUUCAUUCUAUCUGACCCACGCCUCGGCGAUCUGGACUGUCUUGUCGAUGGUCAGUCUGUCACUGCAAAAUCCGGCAAACGCUUCCAUGUUCUCGACCCCGGCUCUGGGAAACCCUGGGCAUCCUGUCCAGACUGUCGUCAAGAAGACGUGGAAGCCGCUGUUCAAUCGUCACAUCAAGCUUUCCAGACGUACUCCAAAUGGACGCCUAGACAGCGAGCUCAGACGCUGCUGAAAUGGCACCAGGAAAUCAUCGCUGCACGGGAUGAUCUGGCCAAGAUCCUCGUAUAUGAGACGGGAAAGCCUCUUGCUGAGGCCUAUGGCGAGAUUGACUAUGCAACGACCUUUACCUGGUGGUUUGUGGGCGAGGCAGAGCGCGUUCAGGGAGCUUCCAUUGUCUCGGCGAUCCCUGGCCGACGGGCAGUGACCAUUAAGCAGCCGAUUGGUGUUGCUGCUGCUCUCGUGCCAUGGAAUUUCCCAAUAGCCCUGACUCUCAGAAAGGCCAGCGCCGCUCUUGCUGCUGGAUGCACCAUGGUCGUCAAGCCCUCGCCUGAGACUCCCAUCACGGCGCUGUCCGUAGCACGUCUUGCAUUAAAGGCGGGUUUUCCUCAAGGGGCACUCAACGUUCUGACGACAAGCCUCGAGGGUACACCCGAGCUAGCAGAGGCUCUCUGCUUGCACCCACUGGUGAAGAAAGUUACUUUUACCGGAAGCACCAGAGUCGGAAAGAUCAUCUCCAGUCUGUGUGCGAAGAACUUGAAGAAGUCAACAAUGGAACUCGGAGGAAACUGUCCCUUUAUCAUUUUUGAAGACGCCAACCUGGGCCAGGCGCUUGAUCAGUUGAUGGCACUCAAGUGGCGACAUGCAGGCCAGGCUUGUGUAUCGUCUAACAGAGUGUAUGUUCAGCGCGGCGUCUACGAUGAAUUUGUCGACCUUGUUGUUCGUGCCACAUCGAAGCUCAAGAUGGGCCACGGCAUGGACGAGGGAACAACGCUGGGCCCGGUCACGACUCCCAGAAGCCUUGACAGGGCUGAGGACAUGGCCAAGGAUGCUCUCGCAAAGGGAGCAAAGCUGGUCCUUGGAACUGGCCUCAGAGAUAACUCAAGUAGCGGAGGCUAUUUUAUGGCACCGACAAUCUUGACAAAUGUCACGGACGACAUGCUCAUGAGCCAGGACGAGAUCUUUGCGCCUUUCCUCGGGCUUUCGGUCUUUGACACUGAACAGGAGGUUGUGCAGAGAGCGAACAACACGGCCAUGGGCUUGACGAGCUAUGCCUUUACGAAGAAUGUAGACCGACUCUGGAGAUUGUUUGAAUCCCUGGAGGCAGGCAUGAUUGGCUUGAACACUGGUAACAACUCCUCAGCAGAGGCGCCGUUUGGAGGCAUAAAGGAGAGCGGCUCAGGCAAGGAGAGUGGCAAAGACGUGGCAAUUGAGGAGUUUAUGGUGACGAAGACUGGGACUUUCACCAUUGAAGGAUUGUGA